AGGGCAGGUGACCGACACUCGCACUGCAGUCUCUCACACACUCGCUCGGGAUCGUUCUGAUCUAAAUCUAGCCAGUCCAGCACGCGAGCACAUCUGACGGGUUGGAUCCGCGGAGCUGCAUCUAAUGAGUGCUGAUGGCCGAGUGCUAGUCUGCUUCUGGAAGAGCGGGACGCCCCAGAGUCCCAGCCAAGCUGAAUGUGGACGUGAUGGGAGAUUGGUGGACUCCAGCGACGAUGCCAGAUCCAUCUCUCGACACCAAAGAGCUAUCCGGUAUUUCUGGGCUCAGCACGUCUCCCUCCAGGCCAAACUCCAGCAUGGCUCUGCCCAAGCCCUCCUACAGCGUGCUGAGUGCGUUCUGCACCGAGGAGAACAUAGCGCAGUGUGUCGCAUAUAUCAAUCAGGAGGUGUGUUCGCUGGGCUUGUCUGCAGUGAGCGUGGAGUCGGCUGGGCUGAGCGCUGUGCCGGUGCUGAACGUGCUGUAUGAGCUGCUGCAGCUGCAGAGGAGAGCUCAGCGUGCCCAUCACGAGCUGGAGAACCAGCAGACCAAGAACACCAGUGACCUCGAGCAUCUGCAGCACAGCCACUGUCGACUCAAAGAUCAGCUGGAGCACACGAGGAGAGAGAACUCGGGCCUGCAUGAGGGCGAGCGACAGCUCCAGCUGAAGAUCAGAACCUUACAGAACUGCCUGAAGUCUGAGAAGGAGGAAGUGCAGAGGCUGCAGAGCAUCAUCUCCAGUCGAGCCACACAGUACAGCCAUGAUGCCAAGCGCAAAGAGCGGGAGAGCUCCAGACUCAAGGAGCGGCUCAACCAGCUGCUCGUGGACAAGAGGGACAAGAAGCUCGCCAUUGAAGUGUCCAACUGUGUGGGAAGGUCCGAUGGCAGGAGAGGCCUCUGGAAGACGGGCAAGAUGGAGGCCAGGCACGAGGGGGAGAUGUACAGGGCUCUACUGAGUGACUAUGAGGCGCGGCAGAGGUCCCUGAUGCUGGAGAACGCAGAGCUCCAGAAGGUGUUGCAGCUCAUGAAGAAGGACAUGAUGGCCAUCCUGAGUCCCAAGAGCCCCUGCGUGGAGCCGGAGCCGGCGGAGGACAGCCUAGAGCAGGCCGUGUCCUCGGGCGAGGAGGACGCCGCUGACUGCAGUCGAGGGCCGCUGGAGCAGGCGUGUGAGCAGGCGCGUGAGCAGCUGACCAACAGCAUCCGCCUGCAGUGGAGGAAGCUCAAGAGCCACAUGCAGAGACUCGACAGCCAAGUGUCACUGGUGGCGUGUCAGGAGCGCGAGGCCGAGGAGCUGAUGUCCAGGAAGGAUCAUGAGGAGGAGAUGCAGCGGAUACGCCUGGAGCUGCAGCAGUGUAAAGAGUUCAUCCACAUGCAGCAGCAGCUUCUGCAGCAGCAGCUGAGCGUGCCAUGUGACGAGGAGACCGCAGCUCUGCUGAACGACUGCUACACGCUGGAGGAGAAGGAGCGGCUGAAGGAGGAGUGGAGGCUCUUCGGUGAGCAGAAAAGAAACUUUGAGCGAGAAAGGAGGAACUUCACUGAAGCUGCUAUUCGCCUGGGACACGAGAGGAAAUCCUUUGAGGAGGAUCGAGCGGCGUGGCUGAAGACCCAGUUUCUGAACAUGACUCCAUUUGUAGACCGUAAGCGACCUGCGCUGGCUGACCCUCACAGUGCUUUAUCCGUCAGUGCUGGACCUGAGGCCAAACUGCAGUCCACUCCACCCCUCCAGAACAAGUCCCCGUCCUACAGCGCGUUCUCCACGCCUAAGUCUGUGCCGGUGAGGAUGCCCUCCACUGCUGACCUGUACCGCACACUGCACCUCAUCCCAGACAGCAGAGGCCACGGCCAGUGUCCGAGCGCUGAGGCGUUGACCACGGCACGUCUGCGCAGAUGCUCUACAGACUGCGGCGUCAUCUCACUGGGGCGAGACGAGGACAUGUGA